GUGUGGUCACGUGACACUAUACGAGCUUCAUACACAGCGAACUGAAGUAGGGCAACUCAUUAUUUACACCGACUUCACAUAGUAACUUUUAACUGGGACCACUUGUUUUACUUUGUAAAUAGAGAUUAUUGAUAGCCAUCAAUUCCGCUGCGGCUCACACGAGAUGAUUCGCUUUGUAAGCUGCUAGAUCACAGGAUUCGUGUUUCCUCGUAAUGUGUUGGUGAAACUUGACACGAUGAAGUUGGAUAUUCCUUAUGAAAAGAUGGUUGACGUGGAGCUAAGAGGAGAAACACAUCUUAGCUCACAAAAGUUUUACAGGUGUCUGAUCGUCCUUACCUGUCUAACCACAGUGCUGUUGAUACUCCUGUCCCUCCAAACCCUGCUUGUUCCUAUGGCAACAACCUCCUCCUCAAAAUCACCUGGACAGCAGGAGCAUCAUCUAAUCAGAGAGACCUGUACUGAUCCCUGCAGGAUUGUUUUAGUGGAGAGUAUUCCUGAAGGACUAGUGUUUAACUCCUCUACCUCUCACCAAUCCAUAUAUGAAGCAUGGCUUAACCUUAUAUCUGGUGCUCAAACCAGUUUGGACAUUGCCUCCUUCUACUGGACUCUUACAAAUAGUGACACACAGACACAUGAGACUACAGCCAAUCAGGGUGAGCAGAUUCUGCAGGAAUUAGGGCGGCUCUCUGGGAAAGUGUCUGUUCGAAUUGCGGUCGAUACACCAUCAGAGAAGAAACCUGUGGAAGACAUUGGGUUCCUUGUGGACUCUGGAGCUGACGUGCGAAUGGUGAACAUGCGAGAGCUGACGACAGGUGUGCUGCAUACAAAAUUCUGGAUCGUAGAUAAGAAGCACAUAUACAUAGGCAGCGCCAAUAUGGACUGGAGAUCACUUACCCAGGUGAAGGAGUUGGGUGCAGUUGUGUACGACUGCAGCUGUCUUGCUGAUGACCUGGGGAAGAUCUUCGAGGCCUAUUGGUACCUGAAUCAGACCAAGACAGUUCCCUCCCACUGGCCCAGCAAAUACACCACUCUGUACAAUAAGGACACACCCAUGCAACUGUCACUCAAUGGGACUGACGCCAGUGUCUACCUAUCAAGUUCUCCUCCAUCAUUGUGUGCUGAAGGUAGGACUCCAGACCUGCAGUCUAUCCUCAGUGUGAUUGGGGACGCCCAGCAGUUUGUCUACAUUGCUGUGAUGAACUAUCUUCCCACUAUGGAGUUCUCCAGACCUCAAAGGUACUGGGCAGAUAUUGACACCCAGCUGCGCCGUGUGGCUUAUGAGCGUAAAGUUCGGGUGCGUCUGCUGAUCAGUUGCUGGGGGAGUACCAACCCAAUCAUGUUCCCUUUCCUCCGCUCACUUGUUUCCUUGCAGGACAGGAACAAGCUGGACAUUCAAGUGAAAAUUUUUACUGUGCCUUCCAACCCUCGGCAGAAGGAAAUUCCAUUUGCCAGAGUAAACCAUAACAAGUACAUGGUCACAGAUAAGGUUGCCUACAUUGGUACCUCUAACUGGUCAGGAGACUACUUUGUGAACACUGCUGGUUCUGCAUUAGUGGUGAACCAGACUUCAGCUCAGUCGACAACCCCUACAGUCCAAGAGCAGCUACAAGAAGUAUUUGAAAGAGACUGGGAUUCUUCAUACAGCAGUGAGAUCAACCACAUCACCAACAACAAAGACAUUUGCUAGACCAGCUCCGUGCAUUGCAUUGUGUUUUUUACACUGUGGAGUGCUGUGGAUAACUGUUGGCAUACAUUAUGGAUGACUGCACCAUUUGGGGAGUCUAAAAUGCUCCUUGACCUUAAAACCUGGCCAUCACAUAUUUUUUUCUACCAUUAAACAAAGGGCAAGGGGUCAAAGUAAAUACAUAUUUUUUAAUUGAAUAUCUGUCCUUGUCUCCUAAGAGGAAACACUUUUCCACUCACACUUCAUAUCUGUAGCAAUAUAUAUACCUUUGCAUAUAAUUGCACACUCUGUCUUUUAACCGACAUGCAAUACCUCUUUAUAGAAACACUUCUUAUUCUUUUUACAUAUUUUAACAUAUUAUUCUUUUUAAUAUGUUAUGAACUUAUAGAGUGGGGUAUUCUAACCCUCAUCUCAGGAAGACUUUGUUUUAUCAUUGAUUUAAAAUAUUGUUGAUUUACUGGUAAGUAGAUUUCAUAAUUGCUGUGUGUUGUCUUGGAUCUCUUUAAGUAGUGUGACUUCAUUUAAAAAAGAAGCUCAGCAGUAUUUAGCUUUUGACAAUGAUCAUGUCAGCAGGAUUUCACUUUGUUGGCUGUAGUCAUUGACAUCACCAAGAGCAUUAUUUGUUCGGUGGCAUUUUAUGUUACAACGGGGCCAUUGGGAGGCCGCUGUCAGCAAUUACACGUUUUAGCUGCACAUAUGAACUUUGUUUUCAGGACUUGCAGGGUGAUAAAUUGUUAAAUGUGUUUACGUUAUGUCUGUUAAUCUUGUGAGAGUGCCACGUCACAGAUGUAGAUACUUAUCAUUCAUUAUCAAAUAUAUUUGUCAUUAUAAAGAGGAAUAAUGACUAGUAAUGAGGGAUGUGUAUGCUACAUGUUUUACAUUUUAUAACCUUUACCGUGAUAAAAUACAAACAUUUUUUGUCUUGCUGUGAAACUUUAGUUCAUUUUUAAGAAGUAUUAGCAGGGGAGUAUUUUCAAAUUCAAGUUAAUGUUGCAUUUAAUCUCUCUCUUUGAGAGUUGAAUGUAGUUUAUGAACUGAUAAACUACAGCAGGUUUUGAUUCAAUAAACAUGAACAAGUAUAACUCUUAAUAGAAAUAAUUUUUGUAUUUCUAGCCAUUUUACACUAAUUCAAGUGUAAAUUUUAUCCAAAUUUAAAGGGAUAAUUCACCCCCAAAAAAUGAUCUCAUGUACUCACCCUCAUGCCAUCCCAGAUGUGUUUGACUUUCUUUCUUCCGCUGAACACAAACAAAGAUUUUUAGAAUGAAAUCUCAGCUCUGUAGGUCCAUACAAUGCAAGUGAAUGGUGGCCUUGAAGGUCCAAAAAGCACAUAAAGGUAGCAUAAAUGUAACCAUAUGACUCCAGUGGUUAAAUCUAUACCUUCCGAGUUGACAUGAUAGGUGUGGGAGAGACAGAGAUCAAUAUUCCUUUUUUACAAUAAAUUCUCCUCCCUGCACAGUAGGUGGCGAUAUGCACAAAGAACGUGAAUCGUCAAAAACAAAAGAAGAAUGUGAAAGUGGAGAUUUAUAGUAAAAAAGGACUUAAAUAUUGAUUUGUUUCUCACCCAUAACCAGUUUGAUUGCUUCUGAAGAUAUGGAUUUAUCCACUGGAGUCUUAUGGAUUACUUUUAUGCUGCCUUUAUGUGCUUUUUGGAUCGUCAAAGUUCUGGCCACCAUUCACUUGCAUUGUAAGGACCUACAAAGCUGAAAAUUUCUUCUAAAAAUCUUUGUGUUCUGCAGAAGAAAGAAAGUCAUCUGGGAUGGCAUGAGAGUGAGUAAAUGAUGAGACAAUUUCCAUAUUUGGGUGAACUAUACCUUUAAUUCAGAUUGCAACAUUUGUAGUUAAUUUUUCUAAGUGGAAAAUCUUAUAAGAUCUUAAGUGUGUGAUUUGUUUACCAUAUGCUGAAAUAAAGUUGUUUUUCCUAAAAUCCAGAUCUGGAUCAAAGAGACGUU